AGGUAAGCAUUUAUUCAUCUUCCCCACAUAAGAAGUGACCGUUGAUAUUCGAACGUUAAGCUUUACAGACAUAAACGUUUUGAAAGAAUCGGAUGCUUCCAGCGACUCCCUACGAAAUCAUAUAUUUAUAUUUUAAGUCGAUAAAGAAUCAAACAAACCAAGACUCCAAGAAACACAUUCAAACCAGAGAAAGAAAGUAGAAAACUAGUUCUCAAGAUCUCUGAUGGGUUUGGUGGUGGUUAUAUCUCUUCCUCUGAUUUUCUUCUGUCUUCUUCUUGGAUUCGGUUGCUAUUUCCUCGGCAAAACUCGCGGCCGUCGUGAGAUUCAAACAAAUCCUCAGGUGUACGGUGCUCCUGCCCCACCUCCCGGUGCAACCAUCUCUGCCGCCUCCUCUCCGCCGUUGUUUCCUCACGCCAAGCCCGACAGUUCACACAACGUCUGAUUUUCCAUCUCCCUAUCUCUAUUGGAAGAUGAUUUUGCUUGAUCUAUUGUGAAUUGCUGUAUCUUUUCUUUUUCUCUAGCGUUCUUGAGAAUAUGUUUCUUUCUUGAUUUGUGUAUAUUUCUUAUGUAAACUAGAGAGCUUUGAUGUCAUUAAGAAUGUUUAACGAGUGGUAUGGACCGUAUGGUUUCAAGUAUUUGAUAACAGUGUAAUCAGCCAAUAAUAAUUUCGAAUAUAGAUAUAUGAUGUUUCUGCAAA